GAUUUAUGGUCAAAUUUGCCCUAAUUCCGCCCGCCCGACGCCGUGCCUGUCUCCGCCGACGCUGCGCCUUCCUCCGCCCGACGCCGCCGACUCUGCGCCGCCCUCUGCCAUCCCUACCCAUCCGGAAGAGGUCUACGGCGGCUGCUGUGGGUCGUCACCGAGGAGCUGCGACGUCGCCGAAGAGUCGGGCUGCUGCCCUCUUUCACGCCGGCGAGCCGCGAGCAGCAACUGCUGCUGCCACAGUGCAGUGCGUCCUCCCUCGCCCGUGCGGCUUCCGUCCUGCCUUAUCCGUGCGCCCUCCGUCGUCUUUGCGCCUUCCGUCGUCUUUGCCCCCUCCUUGUUGCAGGCAGCAUGCUGAAACGCAAGUCCGUAGAAAUAUUGGAGCAGACAAUGAAUGCGAAGAAGGCGCGCACACCCACACCCCAAGAGAAUAUGAAACUCAAAGCUAUGAGAGCCAUGGGAGCAGCUCUGGAUGAAGGCGAUGCACUUUUCGGUGCCGGCUCCGAAGUAACUCUGGAUUCACAGGUGAAAUGGUGGCAUGAUAAAUACCUUACACAGAAGCCAGAAUAUCUCAAUCUGAUUCGUACAGGAUUUGUCUGGAAUAAGUACAAUCGAACUCACUACGAUCGUGACAAUCCUCCUCCUAAGAUUGUCCAAGGUUACAAGUUCAACUUAUUUUUUCCGGACCUUGUUGAUAAGUCUAAAGUACCGCAGUAUGUAUUUGAAAAGGAUGGCACCAGUACCGACACCUGCCUCCUCAGAUUCUACAGUGGCCCUCCCUAUCAGGACAUAGUUUUUCGGAUUGUAAAUAAGGAUCUGGAGUAUUCUCCAAAGAAAGGCUUUAUGUCUACAUUCGACAAUGGGACUUUGCGAUUGUAUUUCAAUUUCAAACAGUAUCCUUAUCGACGAGAGAAGACUACUGAUGUAUACCUUUAUGAAGAUCUAAGAGUUUGUACAUUAUUUUUUUUUUAUUUUUUGCAUCCGUAUAGUCGCCAUGUAGUUUGUAUGCGACGGUAUUGUUCUUGUUCUUGAAACUUAAUUGGUCACUGAUUCAACUACUUGAUUUGAGCCUGUCUACUAAAUCAAAAU